UAAUAGAAAUAAAUAUACAUAAUCAUAAUCUAAAUAAUCAAAAAUAUAUAGAAAAUAAAAUCGAAAAUAAAGAAAAGAAAAAUUUCUAAUAGAAUUUCGAAGGAAUUCCAAUUCGACUUGACUAAACUAAUCUAAUAUAUUUUCCACACUCAUAGGAGUGCGCCUAUGUUUCUGAUUUACGAAUAUGAUAUAUUCUGGGCAUUUCUAAUAAUAUCAAGUGUUAUUCCUAUUUUAGCAUUUCUAAUGGCCGGAGUUUUAUCCCCAAUUAGCAAAGGGCCGGAGAAACUUUCUAGUUAUGAAUCAGGGAUAGAACCAAUGGGCGAUGCUUGGUUACAAUUUCGAAUCCGUUAUUAUAUGUUUGCUCUAGUUUUCGUUGUUUUUGAUGUUGAAACUGUUUUUCUUUAUCCAUGGGCAAUGAGUUUCGACGUAUUAGGGUUAUCCGUAUUUAUAGAAGCUUUAAUUUUCGUACUUAUCCUAAUUGUUGGUUCAGUUUAUGCAUGGAGAAAAGGAGCAUUAGAAUGGUCUUAACUCUUGAAUAUUCCG